UGGUUCGGCCCUGAUCCUCUUCCAUGUCUUCGCGGGCGCGUUCUGCGCGCAGCGCUCAGCGGUCCGGGACGGGCACCCGCCACGAUGCAUGCUCGAGCCGCUUCGGCAGCGGAGCCGCCCCCGCGCCCACAGCGAGCGCCCCGGGACCUGCGAUGGCCUUGAGCUGCCGGCCGAGGGCGGGAUCGACGCGAGCCCGCGGCCCAG